AUGUCUUCAUACCUCCUAGUUUUUGGGAAAGCGUGCCACCUGCCACUAGAGAUAGCACACCGGGUAUAUUGGGCUAUAAAACAGUUAAACAUGGAUUUGAAGGCCGUCGGUGAAAAGAGAUUGUUGCAACUGAACGAGUUAGAUGAAUUCUGGAUGGAAGCAUAUGAAAACUCAAAGCUCUACAAAGAACGAACCAAAAAGUGGCAUGACAUGCAUAUUCAAAGGCAAGAGUUCAAAGUGGGGCGGAAGGUUCUAUUAAAUAACUCGAGGCUCAAGCUUUUCCCAGGGAAAUUAAAGUCAAGAUGGUCGGGUCCCUACACUGUCACGAAGGUCCUACCAUAUGGGGCCAUUGAAGUCAGUCAUGAAACUAAGGGUACAUUCACAGUUAAUGGGCAAAGACUAAAACACUACUGGGGUGGGAAUUUCUCCAAGCAAAAAUUCACCGUUCUACUCGGAAUGCCCAAUUGA